AACCGGGCUUGAUUGUCUACAUACGUGUUUGAAGGAGGCGACUUCCAUUUCCCAUUUUCCCCCAAAAGAGUUGUAUGUCGUUGAGCAAACGAGGUUACAUAUAAAUAAUUAUAGAAAGAGAAAUGAUAAUAAAAUGACGAUGAUGCGGAUGCGAAUGCGAAGGAUGGAUGAUUGGAACUUGGAAGGGAGAGGAAUGGGUCACGUGGAGCUUUCACAUUAGAAGCUGAAAUCACGUUUUCUCCAUUCUCACAACACCGUAGUCUCCGUCACAACAUUCCCAAACUCCGCCAUCAUGGAUUGGGAUUGCUCGAACCUCGCACGCGAUGCGCCGUGUGGCUACUGCCUCCUUCUUCAAGCUCUCUCUCUCAUUCCUAUUUGGCAUUACUUUGUCGCUGCAUCCUUUGUUCUCACCUUCUUCCUCUACAAUUUCCUCGAACUCCAUUUCUUCGAAGACUUCUUCUCCUUCUUCUCUGGCGCCCCCGUCGUUUUAACCUACAAUUCCACCUCUCAGUUCUACGACGCCAUCGUUUCCAAAUGCAAGAUUCUCCACGCCACCUAUGUCGCCACUCCAUGGCUUUCCAGUCCUCAUCUUCAGACCGUUUUCUUGAACUUUUUCGGUAGACCUCCUCUUUUUAAAUAUAGAAGACAACUGUUUAGUACUCCUGAUGGCGGAACCAUUGCUUUGGACUGGCUGACGAGUUCUGAUGUUUCUGGUGGUGCUCUCCAUAUGGACCGUGUUGAUUCUAAAGAUGAAUCUACUCCCAUUAUUGUAGUGAUUCCUGGUCUAACAAGUGACUCUUCAUCCGCUUAUCUCAAACAUCUUGCAUAUCAUACAGCAAAGCGUGGGUGGAAAGUUGUUAUCAGUAAUCACCGAGGACUUGGAGGUGUUUCAAUCACGUCUGAUUGUUUCUACAAUGCUGGAUGGACUGAGGAUGUCCGAACGGUGGUCAAUUAUAUACACAAAGAGAACCCUAGGGCACCUUUGUUUGUUGUUGGAACUAGCAUUGGAGCUAAUAUUCUGAUAAAAUAUCUAGGUGAGGAUGGUGAGAAUAUUCCUGUAGCUGGAGCCGUAGCUAUUUGCUCUCCUUGGGACCUUUUGAUAGGAGACAGAUUUAUAAGCCGCCGGCGCGUUCAGAAGUUUUACGACAAAGCACUUGCAGUUGGACUACAAGGUUAUGCAAAAUUACACCAGCCUCACUUUUCUCGCCUUGCUAAUUGGGAAGGAAUAGAAAAGUCACUUUCUAUUCGAGAUUUUGAUAAUCAUGCCACCCGCAUCGUUGGAAAGUACGAGACUGUUGAUACAUAUUAUAGACGCUGCAGCAGUUCUAUUUAUGUGCAAUCUGUUUCAAUUCCUCUUCUUUGUAUUAGUGCUCUGGAUGAUCCAGUCUGUACCAAGGAAGCCAUUCCCUGGGAUGAAUGCAGGGCAAAUAAAAAUAUUGUGUUGGCUACUGUAAAGCAUGGAGGACAUCUGGCAUUUUUUGAAGGGAUAACUGCAUCUGGCCUGUGGUGGGUAAGAGCUGUUAAUGAAUUCCUUGGUGAAUUGCACGCUAGCGGUUAUAUGCAUGUGCAGAAGAAGAUCUCUAAACCAAACACGCCAUUGGACUCAUCAAUUGAUCAAGGCCCUUAUGUUAAUGUUACCGAAGAUGGAAUGGUGGCUGCAUUGAACAGCGAGCCAACAGCAAACUAUGUGGAAGAAAUACAGGCAAUACAAGAUACACAUCAUGGCAGCAUUCCAGAAGAAAAAGUUGAUAAACAAGAUGAACUUGAGACUAAUGCAAAGAGUGAUGAUUCGUCUGGCAUUGCUGAAACGGCUAGUGCCCACGAUGCAGCAGUGCAUGUAAUAAGACCUUUCAAUAAAUACCUAAGGCAGUUAUCUCGACAAAAUCGAUGGUCCAUCUGGUUGCUAGUUUAUAUUGCCAUUACCACGAGUUGGCCUCUGGUUGGUUCAGCCCUGUAUGUCGUGUUUGGUAAAAAGUUAAGGAAUAUCUUACCAGGUGGAUUGGUCCGAAGAUAAUUUCUUGACCGCAAAUAUUAUUGUUGUAUUUGUCUCUAGAUUUAUCCUACUCUUUCUCUUUGCCUUCCUAUCAGGCGAAAUCUGCAUUUCCAGAGCAACUAAUUGGCACUUUCAGUGGUUUGUUGUUUUCCUUAAACCACUACUGCUUUGUAGACAGUUCCUCUUCUGCAACAAAUGGAACCUAUAUAUUAUUUGAAUAUUCUGCUAAGUUAAAAUUAUGCAUUACGUGG